AUGCCGUCGCCGGACGCGGCGGCGACGCACACGGGCGCCGGCGUGGCGCGUCGGCAGGCCCACCACGAGCGGAUGCGCGACGAGCGCGCUCGGGAGGCGGCCGCGGGCAACGCGGAGCUUCCGCCGGAGGACGACGCGGUCGAGAUGGUGAGCGCCGCCCAGCUGCUGGACAGCGUGGCGGAGGCGGGCCCGAACUACACCCUGCUGCGCUGCAAGGAGACGAAGGCGAAGCGGCGGAAGCGACAGCGCGAGGAUGGCAGGGCGGCGCUCAACGGCCACACUGUCCUGCCCACCGGAUCGCGCCUCGAGAUCUUCUGCGACACCGAGCGGUGGUACCCCGCGACCGUCAUGGGCCGGGAGGAGGACGGGGACGGACGGAUCGCGCACCAGGUCGAGUACGACGGCUACCCGGAUCGGCGGUGGUGGCACAUGCUGGACGACGAGCGGUGGCGAGCCGUCCCAGAGCAGGCCGGCACGGGCGCAGGAGGCGCCGCCGCAGACGUGGACGGGGAUGCGGCGAUGGACCGCGCGGACGGCGAGGGCGCCCGUGCCGCGGGUGCCGCCGAGGCGGCCGAGGUGCGGCCGGCGCCGCCUCCCGCGUGCCGGGGUGUGCGGCGCAGCGCGCUGGCGGACGUCCUCGAGGCGGAGGACGACGAGCGGCAGGACGAGGCUACGCGUGGCGACGAGCAGCCGAUGCUAGCGCCCCACGGGCCGGCGCUGUCGGUGCAGCUUCGGCGCGUGCGCCUGCAGCUGCGCGAGUUCCUUGCAACGCAGGCCGCGGCAGGGAAGAGCGUGCCGAUGCAGCGGACGGCCCUCGGUCUGCACCCGACGAUGCGGUGGACGAUCCGCUUCGGCAAGUGGCUGGCGACGACGCGAGUCAGAGCAUUGAGGGCGAGCCGGUGGCACGCGACCGAGCGGGGCGACGCGCGGGAGGAGGAGCCGACGGUGCGCACGGGUCGCGGCGAGAGCACGGUCUACGUCGCGCUGCAGCACAUGAAGAACCACGUGUGGCGCGAGAUCUGGCCGGCGAUGCCGAGCGACGCGAGGCAGUACUGGCGGCUGGUGACCAACCAGGUGAUGUCGCUGUUCGACGGCGGCGGCGGCGGGAUGAAGGACGCGGCAGGAGCCGCCGGCCGGGCGGCGGGCCGCGAGGCGGCGCGGGAGAGCGCGUCGCACGGGCAGAGCGAGGCGGCGCAGCGGGCGGCGAGCGAGAGGGCGAGCGCCGAGGCGAGCCGGCGGACGAUGGCCGAGCUGCGCGAGGCGACGACGAAGCCGUGCACGAGGCAGCACCUCUUCCAGGUGGGAGAGUACCAGAUGCAAGACACGCAGCUGCUAGAGCCGUUCGAGGUGAACGUGGCCUUCAUCAUGAACGCCUACUUGUGCUUCGCGCGGCAGACCGGGCACGAGCUGCCGCCGCUGACGAUGGGCGACCUGUCCAUCGCCGCGGAUGUGCUGCUGCGGGGACUAGACGGGGCGGGCGUGAUGACCGAGGGCGACUUCGAGGCCCUCCUCCGAAUGGAGGUGACCUUCGCGCGCAAGAAGGGCGAGUACUACGCGUGCUACGAGUUCGGGACGGCGAUCACGCCCGACUCGGACCAGAUGAUGCGCAUCGGGACGCUGGCGAUGGUGCGCUUGCUGCUGCGCUGCGGAAGCUUCAGGGCGUGCUACUCGAAGCUGAGCGAGGCGAGCGCGGCGGCGCUGCGUCGCAAGGUGGCUGAGCCGAGCGGGUUCGCCGGGCUCGAGCUGGAGGACACGGGCUACGAGACGCUGGCGGCGCUAGUUGCGGCGUGCCGAGCGGACGGCUGGGUGCUCGACAAGGCGGCCCUGGACCGGCCUCUGUUCCCCGGCGUCGACGAGGCGACGGGGUUCUUCUUGUUCACCGAGAGCUUCGACGUGCAGCGACUCUGCCGGCGCCUGAUCGAGACGGGGCGCCAGCUGGGCAUGGCCCGGCACAAGGUGGGCGCGUGGAGUCUGCGCAAAGAUGCGUGCGAGCAGCCGGCGUCGGCGGGCCACGGCGCCGUCGCGGCGCGAGUGCUGGGCCACCGCCAGGUCAACUCCCGGACGAUGGAUCGGGUCUAUCGCGCAGACCUGCGCACGCGCGAUCUCGGCGCAUACUGGAUGCGGCGCGACGCGCUCGGGAGCGUGGAGCGCGCGCCGCUGACGUCGCUCUCGGCGUCGCGUGUGCCGGAGGUGGGCGGCGUGCGCGGCUUUGGCGACCUGCCGCGGGCGUGCCCGGAGCGGCAGGCGGCGCGGAGCGACGCGAAGGUGGCGGAGGCGUCGGAGGAGGUGGCGGGCGCACGACGCAAGCUGCAGCAGCGGCUCGGCGUCGCGCAGCUGCCGAGGUGCUUCAAGGCGCGCGCGCGUGCAGCUGGCGGCGGCGAGGAGGUGGACGAGUACGAGGCGGCGCAGCGCCGGCUCUGGAAUCGGAAGGGCGAGGCGGAGAAGGACGCGGUGGAGGCGCACCAGCUUCGGCUCUACAAGGAAGGGCAGGAGCGGCUGCGCGCCGCGCCGGCGCUGCGGAUGGCGAUGCUCUCGACGCACGCGUGGGCCCCUCGGUCGGAGGAUGACGCGAUCGCGUUCGGGCUGGAUCGCAGGGACCGCACGCGCGAGCUGCGGAUGCUGCGCAAGCUUCCGGCGAUGCUGCAGGGCUCGAUCCUGCGUGUGGGGGCUCUGCACGUGCUUCCGACGGCGGGCACGCCGGCAGAGGUGUACGGGCGCGUGCGGCGGCGGAGCGAGGACAUCUGCAUCCUCGAGUGCGGCUCGGAGGACUGCGCAGGGCGACCCUCCAUCGAGUGGCCGACCACGGUCGCAGGGUUUGAGGAGCGGCGGUGCGAGCACUGCGGCGGCGCGGUGCGGCUGCGCUGGCAGCGCGAGCCCCACGCCGAGUCCGAGACCGCAGCCGUCGAGUCGCUCGCGGUGGGCGCGGCCGCAUCGCUGGGCGAGAGCUUCCGGGAGACGUACUGGGGGUGGUACAACCUCUCCGCACGGGCCGCGAUCGGCAACGCGGCGUACGCGGCCGGGGCGGCGGCGACCGCCAGGGCCAGCGCGAGCGAGGCGGCAGACGCGCCCCUGCUGGGCGCGGCCGUCGAGGAGCUCGAGCUCGACGCCGAGACGGUCGCCGAGGCGAUCGCGGCGCUAGACGGAGGCGACGGAGCGCCGGGCCGCGGCGAUGAUGCCGAUGAAGACGCGGGCGAUCACCGCGGUGCGUCGCAAGAGGUUUGA